UGUAUCCUCUUUUCGUCCUCUUCCCAUCUCACCAUUAUUUCUCGUUCCUGCAUUUCUCGCCCUUUUUUCUCUCUCUCUCUCUGUGCGGCUUGUAUCAAAAAGUAUUUCUAUCUUCUAUUAAUAGCAUUCGACGAACGCGCCGGUCGCUUCGUUCACCCAUUCCCUUAUUAGACCCGAUCAGAAGCUGUCCUUUGCUACACUUUCGCAGUUAACAAUACGACUUUGACGACUUCACGAAAGAUCAUGGAACGACAGCCACCUCAGCAAAGAAAGAAGAUUCUUCGAGUUCUCUUCAUCUCUCUGUUGUUGGACUUGAUCUCAUUCACAUUCAUCCUUCCACUGUUCCCUUCGCUGCUCACCUUCUACCGCAACCUCGAAGCGCACCCGCACAGCACGUUGAACAGAAUCUUGCACUAUCUCAAUGCCUACAAACAAUCCUUUGCCGUUCCCAUCAAUGAAAAAUACGACAUAAUACUCCUCGGCGGCGCACUUGGCUCGCUCUUCUCCCUUCUCCAGGCCAUCGCGUCCCCCAUCAUUGGUCGCGCCUCGGACAAAUAUGGCCGCCGUACCGCUCUCCUCUGCAGUAUGGCCGGCAACAUCGCCUCCGUCGCACUUUGGUGUGUGGCCGUCGAUUUCCGCACCUUCCUCCUGUCUCGAGUCGUUGGUGGUCUAAGCGAAGGCAAUGUGCAACUGGCGACGGCGAUCGCAACAGAUAUAAGCACUCCGGAACAAAGAGGCUCGACGAUGGCUCUUGUGGGCGCAUGCUUCAGCGUCGCCUUCACAUUCGGACCGGCGCUUGGGGCGGGACUCGCGAGUAUAACGACGGUCGCGGCAAACCCCUUCGCGACGGCCGCCGGGUUUAGCUUAUUCCUCAUUAUCGUCGAGACGGUGUAUUUGUACUAUGCAUUGCCAGAGACGAGGCCCAUCGCGCCGAAAGAACAGAACUCAUCCACCGAUUCCAAAGGCAAAAAGGAGCGAACGACGGCGGAAACAUUCAAACACACAAACAACACCGCCAUUCUAAACGCAAUUCACUUCCUCUUCCUCCUCCCCUUUUCGGGACUCGAAUUCUCACUACCGUUCUUGAUCACGUCGGUACUGUACCCGGACCAUGCAUCACCCUCGAAACUAAAUGGUCGGUUACUGGGGUUCAUCGGGCUCAUCGCAUCACUCCUCCAAGGCUCGAUCGUUCGGCGCCUCCCGCCCUUGACGGUGGUCCGCGUCGGGGUAGUGUCGUGUACGAUUGCGUUCUUCAUGCUCUCACGUGUGCAGGAUACCAAUGGUCUGUACGUUGCCGGUGCUCUACUGGCAGUCACUUCGGCGACGGUCGUCACGGGCUUGAACAGCCUGGGAAGUUUCGAGGCGAGGGAGGAAAACCGUGGGCAAGUGCUGGGUUCGUUACGAAGUUGGGGACAGUUUGGGAGGGCAUUUGGUCCCGUUGUAUUUUGUACCUUGUUCUGGUGGGUCGGACGUGAGGCGGCUUAUCUUGUGGGUGGGUGUUGCAUGUUGACGGUCACGAUGGCAUUGUUUGCACUGUUGAAGGCGCCGAAGAUCGAGAAGAAAGCACAAGCAUCCAAAUUGGAGUAGAAGAUGGAUCCAAUCAAAAUUCGUUUUGGCAAUGACAACCUACUCUGAUGCAAUUUGGAUGCAUAUGGAAUGGUUGGUAUUUCUCAUGCUCCCGUGUACAGCCAUGUUUUCGAGUCUUGUGCCGAAGACAUCAAAAAGAUGAACACGAGAUACUCCCCGGAUCAUUCGUACCGGUCGGUACCCCAAAGAACACCACAGCAACGCCAGCGAGCAUAUUGACAAACGUCAUCAUGCAAUAGUUGAAAAUGACUGAUGAUCACGGAGUAGGUGAUUAGCCAAGAAGCCAGAACCAUAGGUACUCGAGACUGAACAAAGGAGGACGGGAAUGGUCAUACAAGUCCUGAUUCUUCUUCACCCUGUAAACCUCAUACUUUAUCGUCUUGAGAUCCACCUUUGGGUUUGUCUUGCAGUGCAUGUCGAGAAUGAUGUGCAUCUUUGUGGGCGUUUCGUUCAAUGGAGCCACGAGGUGGGAAACGUAGUCAUCCUGAGGGUCUAAGCCAACCAGGGUGAAAAACCUGGCGAUGAUGGCUCCUUCUUCGACCUCGUACGUGGCUGGAAAUCGAAAGACAAUACGCCUCGCGUCAGGGUGCUGCUGCAUGUUGAUGGUGAUGGUGAUGGUGAUGGUGAUGAUGAUGGAGUUGGGUGUAGGAUCAUUACUUUCUAGCCUUGUAACAAGUCGUUGUUCUUUACUGAGCAUUGUGGAAGAUGAUGUUGAUCAGAGAGUCUCCC